CAUUCACCAAUGAUUCUGUGUGGGAGGUUUGCAGUUGAGGAAGAAGGUGAUCAUCCAUGGCAUCCUCGUUCAACCCCCACAAAAGCAAUUCGAUGCAAGAAAAGCAAGGCCAACAAGAACCCAUUCUCAUCAAUAGGCCUUGACAAGUUUGCCAUGGUUUCAGCGGAUCUGAAUGCCAAAAGACAGAGAAUCCUGGCUCAACUUGGCCCACAAGACUCAUCAAUGGUUCGAUUCAUGUACUCGUACCCGAUCAAACGUUGGGUUCCUCUUGUUGUGAAGGUCAAAGAGAGCAAUGAGAGAAAACCCAACAAGGAUUUGUCGAAAAUCAAAUCCAAAAACCAGGAAAUUCCGCAGCCUAAGUCAUCUGAAGUUGAACAAAUUACCAACUCCGAAGAGAGAGAAAAACCCAAAAAGACAGAAAAUCGGGUUUCGGGUACAAAUCCCGGGGUUGGGUUUUCUCAAGGGGGUGCGAAGAACAAGACAGGAGUUUGGUUUAAGGGUGGAUCUCUUUGUUAUGAGCAUUUUACUCUUGUUCUUAUUUUGCUCUGUUUAGUUCUCUAUGGUAAGGUUUUUGCCAUUUUGUGUACUUGUAUGUGGUGGUAUAUGAUGCCUUCUGUGAAGAAUUUGAAGGGAGAAAGAAGGGAUUCUAUGAAGAAGAGAGAUUAUACAAGGAGGGUUAGUGGUAAGAGACUUGUGGAUGUUGGAGCUGAUGAGGGGAGGAAGAUGGUGGUGAUGCAGAAAUCAUUGCAGAAGGACCAUGUCAAAUGAGAUAUGAGUGAGAGAGAGAUGGGACUUUUGUUUUUGUGUACUAUUCAAGAUGAUGAUUCUCAUGUCAGAUAGGUAAGUUCAUUGAAUUCAUUAAAUUUGGUGUUGCUUUCUCUGAGAGGUUAGUGAAAGUUUUCAAUCCUUCAAGGUAAUGGAUUUUGGUCUCCUAGAACAGGCCAUUUUUCUACAUCACAAGAAAAGGGAGUGGCUAUUUGCAAUUUUGUACAUAAAGAGGCUUCCCCAGUUGUGUGCAGAUCAUAAAUUUAAAUCAUUUCUUUUACAGAAGAGGGGUACUAAAAGAGACGGACACAAACAACAACAGUUAGUAUUCCGGCAAAUUUAAAUCAUUUUAGGAGGGGUUCUAAAAGAGACGGACACAAACAACAACAGUUAGUAUUCCGGCAAAUUUAAAUCAUCAACAAGAGUCACUAAGAGGGAGGCAGACACAAACAACAACAGUUAGUAUUCCUGCAGAAGAGGAGGCUUCAGUAUUACAAAACCAGCUAAGUGGUCCAUCUCCAAGGGGCCCCCAAGAUCUCGAGAUCCAUCUCCGCCUUGAGACUACAUUUACAUAAACUUCCAAGAUUUCUAUUAUUCAUAUUAAAGCUGGGGGCGUAUCAUUCAUAUAGUAAACCAGGGGGCGAUGACAGAUGCCGGGUGAAAUUCGGGGGAAAAUUCAAGGGAAAAUUGGUGAAGAUUUAACUGAUUAAGAACGGGUGAUGAUUGGAAAUCCUGUUUAUGAUUCAUAAAUUUACUGCACCAAUUACAACCAAAUACCCUCAUAAGAAUACUACUAAACACCCUUAUGACA